AAGCUGCGCUCAACUCCAGCACGAGAAUUUGCAUCCAACAGGCCCAUUGCGCUUCCCAACGAGCUCCGACAGUCACAAUGUCGGGCAGAGCCGUAUCGCCCGGGGGGGCGCUGCUGAGGACAUCGCGCAUGUUCUCAAUCCCCAAGCCGCUCCCCGAACCGCCGUCGACGAACCUCCAUAUCGGCGAUCACAAGUCCGCGACAAUGACGAGACCGUAUCCGCAGCACCAGUCCCUCACCUCGCCGCUGGCAUCACGAGAGAAGGGCGACUGGGGCCUCAAGCGCCCGUUCCCUCUCAAAUCUACCAUGGCCACUUCGACGCCCUACAUCCGAGUCAAGCAGGUGGACACUGUCGAGAACGUCACCAACUUUGCUUCCGCGGCCGACCAUUCGCUGUCAUUAGAAAAGUUCCAGGAGUUGCGGGUGGCCAUGUCCGUGCCGUUCAAUACCGACAAGAAGUCACAUGCCUCUUCAACACGGUCGGAGUUGUGGCACAAGUCGGUCUUCGAGGAGGAUAUGGACUUCACAGACUUCAAGGGCGGCCGGGGCGACGACCGGAGAUGGAAGUUCCAGGGCCCGUGGCUUGCGAGGAUGACGGAGGGAGAGUUUGUCGAGUACCUGAACAAGAAGGUCCGUCCCAAGAGGGCGCACUUCCGGGCACUCCUCAAGGAGAAGUUGGCGGACGACAUCACGACGAGCCAGAACAAGGCUGCUUUGGACGCUGGCAAGGAGGCCCCUCCGAAAUUCGAGGUGCGAGAUAUCACGGAGGCGCAGUUCACAGAAUACCUGCGCGCGCUGCGCAACGACCGGGUGACGCUGUAUGCGCUUGUCUCCAAGUUCCUCGACCUGGCGCCCCUGGGACAGCCCGUUGGUUUCAUCCACGCCUUUUGGGCUGAUCGAGACAGCCUUGCUCCCGAGAGCCCCUACGGCAAAUCUGGCCCGCCCCCCAGCCACCCCUCGGCGGGUAUCAGCUACCUGCGGACCAGCUCAUUCAUGGAGAACCACCCUGUCUACGGGCCCCAGGCCAAGAAAACGCCCGCAUUGGCUCGAGUGGUGUAUCCCAGAUCUGGUCAUAUCCCUCCCAAGUUGGGCGUAGGCGGUUUCGUCGCCGACACUCCCUCCGGAGACAACGAGUUCAACCCGAGGACGCUAGCCAGAAUGUCCGUCCCCAAGGGUGUUCUCAACGGCAUCAUGCACCUCGAUACCACAACGUUUGGUGGUGCCAAGGCCUACGUCGAGGCUGCGACCGCCACCGUUGAUCCCAGCGGCAAGGUCGUCCUGCAGCUGCGAGAGACAAGCCCCGAGGCCCAGGUCAUCGCGCGAGAGAGCAGGGGCCUUACCGAGAUCUACCACGACGGCCCGACGAAGGGCUAUGUUCCCAGCGAACCGGCUAACCAGCAGUCAACGCGUAUGUCAAACGAGACUCGUCUGAACCGUGUUGCUGAUGAGGUGUUGGGGGAGUCGUCCCGCUUUGACAAGUCAUAAAGGGGGCUAUGAGUGAGGGCGGAAGAGUUUUGGCAGUUACGGGCGCGACGGAUAGAAAAGAUGGGCUGCGUUAAUGAUUGCCUGUCACUGUAUAUUAUGAAAAUGCUAUCAAAUCUACCCGUGUAUCAUACAUGUAAAGCAGUACGAACAAAAGACGAA